UUUCUUAGAUUUUUUAUUAUCGAUUUUCCUCUACUAUGCAGAUUCAUUAAAAGCUUUCGUUUGAAUAAAGAGGCAUUCCGAUACGUUUUGGGGGAAAUUGAACACGAUUUUUCCAACACAAAGAAAAGUGGCAUUCAUGUUAAGGAAAAGCUGGCGGCGUGUUUGAGAUUUUUCGCUGAGGGAAACUACCAGCUUGGAGCGGGAAAAGAUUUCCAUAUUGCGAUGGCACAGUCCACUUUUUCUAAGGUGUUAUCUGAAAUGCUGAACAUACUGGAGCGAAGAUUAUGUUCUAAGUGGAUAUCAUUGGAAAUGUCGGAAAAUGAACAGCGACGUGCCAAGCUUUAUUUCUAUGAGAAAUCUGGAAUUCCAGGAAUAAUCAUGUGUGUUGAUGGAACACAUAUAAAAAUAAUCCCCCCUAAUCAGAAUCGAAAUUUAUUUUAUAAUCGAAAGGGGUUCUACAGUCUGAACGUUCUCAUUGUUUGUGACGAUCAGCAGAGGAUCCGUUUCGUUGAUCCUAGCUUUUACGGAUCUAAUCACGAUGCCCAUAUAUGGCGAAUAAGCCCUGUACGAACGUAUUUCGAGCAGAUGCAUCGAAACGGCGGAACACAAACUAAAAUACUGGGUGAUGCAGGCUACCCAUCGGAAUCAUGGCUGGUAACGCCAUUCAGAGCUCCGGAAGAAGGCAGUUUGGAAAGCGAUUUCAACCAGAGGCAUGCUUUAGGUCGAGGCAUAGUCGAACGAACAAUCGGUGUUCUUAAAAAUCGUUUUAGAUGUUUACUUGGAGCGCGACAACUACAUUAUACUCCUACAAAAUGUGCUCAAAUUGUGAAUGUGUGCUGUGCACUUCAUAAUAUAUGUUUGGAAUACGGAUGCUCUCAGUAG